AUGACGGAUAGCAAAGAUGAACUGGAAAUUGUGUCUACAAAUUUUGAAAUUGAUGAUAAUAAUGGUGGUUGCUUAGAAUCAAUUCAAGAUGCUGACAAAAAAGCCGUAAAUAUUGCAAAAAUAAUAAUUCAAUUGAAGCAGGACUUGGCUGAUAUGAAAAAUGACUGCUGUGGAGCCACAGAAAUGGAUGUAUGUAAGGUACAAGAACAGUUAAGAGAAAUGGUGGCCCAUUAUAAAAAAACUGUUGCUGAGGUACUCGAAUUGGCUAAUAAAAAUAACUUCGAUCUUGAAAACCUCGAAUGCCAAAAAAUUGACAUAUCUCAACAUAUAAAUCCAAAAAAUUGUAUGGCUUCAGUAGUCAAAGCAUCUGACAAAGAACUAAUUGCCCCGUGGAUAUUGAUUAACAACGAGCAAGAGUACCCAACGUUUUUUCGUUAUGAUCUAAAUAAUAAUGGAAUUAAAUUCAAUGAACACGACAAUGAGUCAAUUUGUUCGUGUAAUGAUGGAUCUGAAAAUUGUUGUUUGAGCGAUUUUGAAGAUAAUUAUUGUACCAUAGCUGAUAAUUGCCAUACAUAUUCCAAAAAUACAGAUACUGAUACUGAUUGUAUAAAUGAAGGAUUUAAAAAUGAACUUAUGUCAAUGAAGGGAGGAAUAAAGAUAUUAAAUCAACAGAACCGUGAUUUUCUGUGCAAACUUAACUGUGCUAAUCAACAAACACUUGCCUUAACAAAUUCUCUUCAAAAGAAGCUAGCUUCCAAGCAACCUAAAGGAACAAAUGAUAAUGGUACAUGCUUUCCUGAUCACGGUGAAUCGAAAUCAAAACCGCAAGUUUUAAUGCUUGAAAUCAAUCGAUUAAAUGACGAAUUAAAGAGACUACAACGUGAUAAAUGCCAGAUUGAAUUAGCUAAAAAAGUAUUAAACAUAUCCGAGAACCUGUGUCCUAAUUGUGCAGAGACGAAAGCUCUAUGCAAUGAACUUGAACCCAGAACGGCGGAGUAUAAUAAAUUAUUGGCGGACUAUAACAAUAAGUUAGUAGAAAUUGCAGAUCUACGAAAUAUGUUAGCCGAAGCUGAGUGUAAGCAUAAGACUUGUGAGGGCCGUUUAACGAUAUUAAAAACACAAGUGUGCCAGUUACAAAAACAAUUGUUUGAAUUCAAUUCAGCCAAAUCCCACGAUCCUGAAGUGGCUAGUUCAAAUGAAAAAUAUUUGAUUGAGAGCUUGAGAAGUCGUUUGCUAGAGGCAACCGAGGAAAAAAAUAACAUGCAGAUGGUACUCGAUUUUCAUCUGACCGAACUCGAGGAUAAAAAAGCAAAGUAUUUGGCAGUUCUCCAGACAAAUCAAGAACAAAAAUUUCGUAUUGAAAGUAUUUGUAAGGAAAAAAAUACAAUUGCUGAAGAAUACGAAGCGGAGUUUAAUCGAAUGAAUGAUCAUCUAAAAUCAUGUCUCGAAGAGCUCGGGACAUUGCCUGGAUUAUUAGCAACAGCACAACGGGAUUUAGAAAAGGAGACAAUAGCUAAAACAGAUUUGGAAAAUGACCGUCUCAAUCUUUUGAAUGAAAUAAAAUCAUUAAAGGCAAUUUUGGCGGACGAUGACAGGGAAAAUAAAGACAAAAAACUCAAAUGUUUAGAAGAAGAAAACAUAGAAUUAAGAGCUACGAUAUUGACUUUGGAAGCUAGUGUGGAUGAAAACAAACGACUAUACAAGGAGCGGACCCACUAUUCGUUACAAUUGAAGGAGAAUUUAGAUCUUGUAAGAAAAGAAGCAGCUCUACAAGUGACGAAAACAAAAAAUUUUACGGAAUGUCAGGUGCUCAAAUAUGUUGAAUAUAUAAAACAGUUGGAACAAAAGUUGGUCGAACACAGGGCAAUAGCAUGUUUAGAGUUUCAAAAACGUGACCAAAUUGAUGGACGUUUAAGAAAUCAAAUAGAAGUAUUGACUACAAAUUUAAAUGAAGCACAAAAACAAAUUGGAUAUAUAAUGAAAGCAAAACAUACAAUGGAAAAUAAAACCGGAGAAGAUGUAUGUAAGAUUCCCAGGGUACUAAAUUCAGUAUGUAAUGAGUUAAAUACGCCAAACCAUUUAGAUAGGCUAAAAGACGAUUAA